AGAUUGCUUUCACCACCAACCUGAAGAUGUGUGGAGUCAUUCUCUUUGUUCCUUUGUUUUGGAGCUUCCAUACAUAUGGAGUUUUGAGCUCACCUUCACCAUUCAUGACGGAACCAAUGAUCAGAUCCUUGGAAAUACAAUGAUGCUGAUCAGAAACAUUUGCAUAUUUUGUAGUAUUGUUAUGUCAGUGCAGGGCUGGGGUCCAAAGCUGCCAGAAGAAAGAGAAUUGACUACCAACUACUCCAGCAAGCUGCUAAGAAAAGUUCCUGCAGAUUUGAUCCCAGCCACAACCACACUGGAUUUAUCCUACAAUCUCCUUUUUCAACUCCAGAGUUCAGAUUUUAGUUCUGUCUCCAAACUGAAAGUUUUGAUUCUGUGCCAUAACAGAAUCCAACAGGUGGCUAUCAAGGUCUUUGAAUUCAACAAAGAGUUAAGAUAUUUAGAUUUGUCUUACAACAGGCUGAAAGUUGUAACUUGCUAUUCACUGGCAAGUCUCAGACAUUUAGACCUUUCUUUCAAUGACUUUGACACUGUGCCUGUCUGUGAGGAGAUUGGUAACAUGUCACAGCUGGAAAUCCUAGGCUUGAGUGGGGCAAAAAUACAAAAAUCAGGCUUCCAAAAAAUUGCUCAUUUGCAUCUAAAUACUGUCAUCUUAGGCUUGAGAACUCUUUCUCAUUAUGAAGAAGGCAGCCUGCCCAUCUUAAACACAACAAAACUUCAUAUUUUUGUACCAACAAACACAAACUUCUGGGUUCUUUUGGUUGAUGGAAUCAAGACUUCAAAAAUAUUAGAAAUGACAAAUAUAGAUGGCAAAAGCCAAUUUAUAAGUUAUGAAACUCAAAAAAGUCUUGCUUUAGAGAAUGCCAAGACAUCUACUUUGUUACUAAAUAAAGUUGAUUUACUCUGGGAUGACCUUUUCCUCAUCUUCCAAUUUGUUUGGCAUACAUCAGUGGAAUACUUCCAGAUCCAAAAUGUGAUUUUUGGAGGUAAGGUUUAUCUAAACCACAAUUCAUUUAACUACUCAAAUACUGUAAUGAGAACAAUAAAAUUGGAGGAUGUACAUUUCAGAAUUUUUUAUAUCCCACAAGACAGAGUCUAUCUGCUUUUUACUAAAAUGGAUAUAGAAAACCUGACAAUAUCAGAUGCACAAAUGCCACACAUGCUUUUUCCUAAUUAUCCUACAAGAUUCCUAUAUUUAAAUUUUGCAAAUAAUAUCUUAACAGAUGACCUGUUUAGAAAUUCUAUCCAGUUGCCUAAUUUGAAAACUCUCAUUUUGAAGGGGAAUAAACUGGAGACACUUUCCUUAGUGAGUUCCUUUGCUAACAACACACCUUUGAGGCACUUAGAUCUAAGCCAAAAUCUGUUACAAUAUGAAAUUGAUGAAAAUUGUUCUUGGCCAGAAACUUUGGUCACAAUGAACCUGUCAUCCAAUAAAUUUGCUGCUUCUGUUUUCAGUUGCUUGCCCAGAAGUAUUCAAAUACUUGACCUAAGUAAUAACAAAAUUCAAACUGUCCCUAAAAAUAUUGCUCAUCUGAAGUAUUUAAGAGAACUAAACAUUGCGUUUAACUUUCUAACCGAUCUCCCUGGGUGCAGUCGUUUCCAAAAGCUCUCAAUUCUGAACAUUGAAAUGAACUUAAUUCUCAGCCCAUCUCUAGAUUUUUUUCAGAGCUGCCAGGAAGUUAGAACUCUAAAUGCAGGAGGAAAUCCAUUCCGGUGCACUUGUGAAUUAAGAGAUUUCAUUCAGCUUGAAAAAAAUCCAGAGGGCAUAAUGGUUGGAUGGGCAGAUUCAUACAUCUGUGAGUACCCUUUGAAUCUAAGGGGAACUCUGUUAAAGAAUGUUCUCCUGCCUGAAUUAUCCUGCAGCACAGCUCUGUUGAUUGUCACCAUUUUGGUCAUCAUGCUUGCUCUGGGGAUGUCAGUGGCUUUCUGCUGCCUCUACUUUGAUCUUCUCUGGUAUCUCAGGAUGCUAUGUCAGUGGACAAAGACAUGGUAUGAGGUUAGGAAGACAACCCAAGAACAACUGAAGAGAAAUGUCCAAUUCAAUGCAUUUAUUUCUUACAGUGAGCACAAUUCUCUCUGGGUGAAGAAUGAAUUGAUUCCCAACCUAGAGAAAGAAGAUGGUUCUGUACUGAUUUGCCUUCAUGAGAGAAACUUUGACCCUGGCAAGAGCAUUACUGAAAAUAUCAUAAGCUGCAUUGAGAAAAGCUACAAGUCCAUCUUUGUUUUGUCUCCUAGCUUUGUCCAGAGCGAGUGGUGCCAUUAUGAGCUCUGCUUUGCCCACUGCGAUCUCCUCCAUGAAAGUUCCGAUGAUCUGAUUUUCAUCUUGCUGGAUCCCAUUCCACUGUACUGUGUUCCUACCAAGUAUCAUAAGCUGAGGGCUCUCAUAGAAAAGAAAACAUACUUGGAAUGGCCCAAGGACAGGCGUAAAUGUAGGCUUUUUUGGGCAAACCUUCAGGCUGCUGUUGAUGUUAAUUUAUCAGCAACCAGAGAGAUGUGGGAAUUACAGACAUUCAGAGAGCUGAAUGAAGAGUGCCAAGGUUCUGCGGUGUCUCUGAUAAGAGCAGACCACCUAUAAACCCCCAUGACCCUAAGGACAUCCCCCUAAUAGUCAGGAUAUAAAUUGAUACAAACUUUAUGGUGGUAAUUGGCAAUAUCUAGUAAAAUGAAAAAUUUUUGUUUUAGAAAUUUUCAUGUUAGAAACUUUCAUAUCACUUCUUUGAAGGAUUUCUAAGAAUGUAUCCUAUAGAAACAUCCACACAAGUUUGCAAAGGUUUAUGUAAAAAGAUGUUUAUCUCAGCAUUCUUUAUAAUCAUGAAUAAUUGAAAAGAGCCCAGAUGCCCACAAACUAAGAGCUGAUUAAAUAAAUUAUAGUACGAUAAUACAAUAGAAAAUUAUGCAGCCAUUAAAAGGAUUGAGGCAACUAUGUUGUCUUGGUUAAUCGACCUCUAUUGUAAGUCUUAAAAUUGGGUAUACUACAAUACUAGUGAUCAAUAAGAGGGAGGGGUAAGAGGUAUGGGAUGUUUGGGAUCUUCUUUUUUCUCUUUAUUUCUUUUUCUUGAGUAAUGCAAA